CGCAGUGACGACGCAGCUAGGCUGACUGUCCGGACUGUGGCUGUUUUGGUGCUUCAGAAUCGCAGGGGGUCUACAAUAGAUGCUUCUUGCCUGAUGAUUGGAUACUAUUAUCAACAGAUAGAUUCCACCCUCUCUGCGUUCUGCUAGUGUGACAUGUAAAGUGCAACCUUGAAGUAUCCGCACAGGCGUCUUCAGACCGCUCAGAAUCGUGACAGACCCACUGCCGUCAACCUCCGGUUAAGAUUUGGCGAUUGAUUAUCUGGGUGCCUGGCGCUUUUCUGUGAAACGCUGCUCUCUACCGUAUGCGUCUGACGGAUCUCCUGCCGAGUGGCAUUUGAAUGCACGAACCGCAUCUGAGUUAGAACGAGCCGACUGAAGAAGUUCUAUUUCCAAGAUUUCACUAUGACGGCUACGAAGGAGCAACAAAAUCAAAGAGCGAACCAGCCGCAACAAGAUGAGGACCUGGGGGGUGGGAGUCCCCCACAGCGGAACUGGAAGGGUAUCGCCAUCGCCCUGCUGGUCAUCCUGGUGGUCUGUUCCCUCAUCACCAUGUCUGUCAUCCUGCUCACACCAGCGGAUACCAGUUCUGGCAGUGACACAAAACUGACUGUGGAGGAUCUGUUCAAACCAGAAUUUGAAGUUCACGACUCUGAGCCCAGAUGGAUCAGUGAGACGGAGGUGGUGUACCGGAAUAGGGACGGCCACGUCAUCAAAUUCAAUGUGGCCACGAAUGAAACGGAGAUCCUGUUGAAGAACAGCAUCUUUGUUUCUUAUCAAUUCACAAAGUACUCGGUUUCUCCAGACUUGAAAUAUGUGCUUUUUGCCUUUGAUGUAAGACAGGUAUACAGGCAUUCAUACACUGCAUCAUAUAUGACUUACAAUAUUCAAACAAGUGAGGUGUGGCAGCUGAACCCCCCAGAGGUGCCCAACUCAGUGCUUCAGCAUGCCGCGUGGGGUGUGCAGGGUCAGCAGCUGAUAUACAUAUUUGAGAACAACAUCUAUUACCAGUCUGAAGUCAAGAGCAAUUCCCUCCGGCUGACGUCUUCAGGGAAGGAGGGAGUCAUCUUCAACGGGAUCGCAGACUGGCUUUAUGAGGAGGACAUUCUGCAGUCCCAUGUGGCCCACUGGUGGUCUCCGGGUGGGGAGAGGCUGGCGUUUCUCCAGAUCAAUGACUCCCUCGUCCCCAACAUGGCCCUGCCCCGUUUCACUGGCUACACCUACCCUAAAGGGAAGAGGUACCCAUACCCCAAGGCCGGAAGCCCCAACCCGACCGUGAAGCUGUUCGUAGUGAACCUGUACGGCCCCACCCACACCCAGGAGCUCCUCCCACCGGAUGGUCUGAAGAUCAGGGAUCAUUAUGUGGUCAUGGUCAAAUGGAUAAGUACCACUAAGGCAGCGGUCAGGUGGCUGAACCGGGCCCAGAACGUGUCCAUCCUGACUGUGUGCGACACCAACAUUGGAGUCUGUAUCAAGAGACACGAGGAGUCCUCUGAACUUUGGCUUUCUAAGCAGAACCAGGAGCCGGUGUUUUCCCGAGACAGCAACAAGUUUUUCCUGACCGUGCCGGUGAAGCAAGGGGGAAGAGGGGAGUUCCAUCACAUUGCCAUGUUCACCACUCUGUCCAGAGCUGAUCAGACUGAAGUCCGCCAUCUGACCUCGGGAAACUGGGAGGUGACCAAGAUUGUGGCGUAUGACGAGACCAAUCAGCACAUAUAUUUCUUAAGUACAGAAGGUUCCCCCCGAAGGAGACAGCUUUUCAGCGUGUCCACAGUGGGCCAGUUCCCCCGCCGCUGCCUCACCUGUGAGCUGCACAGGGCACACUGCACGUUUUUCGAUGCGGACAUCAGCCCCGGCAUGCAGCACCUCAUCCUGAACUGCAGAGGUCCUGGAGCACCAAUGUUAAUCCUGCACAGUCUUAAUAAUGCUAAUAAUUACUUCAUACUGGAAAACAACACCGUUCUGAAAUCAGCAUUGCAAAUGAAGAGGAUCCAGCUGACAGAUUACCGGGUCAUCUCCACGGAACACUUUGAACUGCCUUUGAAGAUCGCCUACCCACACGACUUCUCUGAAUCCCGGCAGUAUGGCCUUCUCUUGGUCAUUGACGGCACCCCCGGAGGCCAGUCGGUGAACGACCGCUUCCAGCUGGACUGGGACUCGGUUCUGGUCAGCUCGGACAGCGUGAUCGUGGCCCGGCUGGACGGCAGGGGGAGCGGGUUUCAGGGCCAGAGGGUUCUCCAGGCCAUCCACCAGCGCCUGGGCACCGUGGACGUGCAGGACCAGAUCGCGGCAGUGGAAUAUAUGAUGACAUUUGAGUACAUCGAUAAUACACGAAUAGGGAUAUUUGGAAAGGAUUAUGGUGGCUAUGUCACGUUAAUGAUGCUUAAAUCAACAGAAAAUCUGUUUAAAUGUGCGGUGACAAUGUCUCCAGUUACUGACUGGAAACUUUAUGCAUCAGCAUUCUCAGAGAGAUACCUUGGCAUGCCGGCAGGGGAAGAUGACAAAUACCAGUUCUCCAGUGUGCUGCAGAACGUUCGAGGGCUGAGAGAACAGAACCUGAUGCUGAUACACGGAACAGCGGAUGAUAAUAUUCAUUUUCAACACUCUGCCGAAUUGAUUAAAAACCUAAUAAAAGUUGGUGCAAACUACACAAUGCAGAUCUACCCCGACGAGGGCCAUUUUCUCUCGCAGAAGAGCCAACGGCAUCUCCACGCAUCCCUCACCUCCUUUUUCCGGGAAUGUCUUAAAGAAGACAUACUGCUGUUACCAGAGGAGCCUGAGGAGGAGGAAUAGAGCCGAUAGACAGACCAUCAGCAGGACUUUGCCAUUUUUUUCUGUAAUGACUACUGUGGUCCUGAAGGCUUUUGGGCCAAACGUUAUACAGAGGUUAUUGUCAGGAGUCGCAGGGAGUCUCCAGCACGGACGGACGAUGUUUACCCACCAAACAGCACAGGGGCCCCCGCACAGCCGAAGUUGGGUCAGAUAUAUCGAGACACCCCUUAACCUUCAAUUCAGCGCUUUCUCUAAGUGAAGCACAGGGCCACGUGGGGGUGGGGUGGGGGAGAAGUUACAAGUGCAUGGUUGUUUUCAUUCAGUGCCACUCAUUAUUCCAUGUAAAUAUUUGUUGUGGUAGCCAUUUGGAAAAGAGAAGCAUACCUACCGUUCCCCAGCCCAGACCUGUCUCAUACUCACCCUCUUUCGUUUGUAUCGCUGCACAAUAAAACACGCCCCCGCCCUUCUUCAGCAAUGCAGACUCAACAUUACUGUGACAUCCACAAGCAAGUGCAAUUCCUGCCCAAACGUCAUGACAUCACAUUGGCCCUGACAAAGAUAUGGUAUUUUGUACAAAUACGGCAGAUUGUGUACAUACGUAUAUUUUUGAGAUACGUCAGAUCUCAUAGUUGUCUAUGGGGAUUGAUUUAUUUGAAUUCAGACUUGUGUUUGGUUUUUAUUUAUUUUUCUUUUUUUUCUUCUUCGGGUGGAUUUUGUAAUGCUUGUUCUUGUUCACUUGGUUGUUUUUAAGGGAGGGUGGUGGUGGGGUGUGGGAUUGAUUGUUAUUGUCUUCUAGUAAUGAUUAUAAAUAAACUAAAAAAAAUUGGUCUA